CCCAUCUCAAAAAAGUGUCAUGUGUCCUACCUUCUCUCUCUCCUAACCUACUCUCUCACACCACUCACCGCAAGCUCGCUGCUAUUGGAGCUCUCAUCUCCUCGCUGCCCUGCGACGUCGGAACCUUAGGCCGCCGCUGCCAUUUCCGAUGAGACGUAAUCACAUGAUAUCCGUCCUGUUCUCUCUCAUGUUUUUCUGUGUGUGCAUAAAUCAUUCUGAUUAUGGAAGAUUCUGACCAACCUGCCAAGUCAACUGAAAACCAGCAAACUGAACAAGUUUGUAGUUUUUUCAGAAAACCGAUAAAUAAAAAGAAUAUAAGGAAGCGGACUAUUGAUGAUGAAGACAAUGAGGAGGACUCAAACAAAGAAACUUCUGUGUUGCAUGUUCAAAAGAAAACCUUAAAGCCUGACAAUAAGUUGUUCUUUUCCACUGGCUCGUCAAAAAGUUCUGUAUCUGCUGAACCAAGUGAAGAGUCAGGAAAACCAGUCUUUCAAUUUGAGUCUUCAAAAGAGAUUCAAGUUCAACACGAUAGCAAAGCAACAGCAACUCUAGAGACUGAGACUGAGUUUUCGAAAGAUGCUCGUGCCAUCCGUGAAAGAGCUCUCAAGCAAGCAUCAGAGAGUCUAAAAGGGAAAAGUGAAAGGCCUGAGGAUGAAAAAUUAUAUAAGGGGAUGAACAGUUACAAGGACUACAAGGCUGGCUUUCGUAGAGAACAAACAAUUGCUAGUGAAAAAGCUGGUGGAGCACAUGGUCCUCUGAGAGCUUCAGCGCAUAUAAGAGUUUCAGCAAGGUUUGAUUAUCAGCCUGACAUAUGUAAGGACUAUAAAGAAACUGGUUACUGUGGAUAUGGCGAUUCAUGUAAGUUUAUGCAUGAUCGAGGGGAUUACAAGUCUGGUUGGCAGUUGGAGAAGGAAUGGGAAGAAGCUGAGAAAGCAAGGAAGAUGAGAUUGGCUGCAGGUGAAGACGCAGACGAGGAGGAGGGUGCUAACUUGAAUGAUGAAGAUGACGAGGAUUCGUUACCUUUUGCAUGUUUCAUCUGUAGAAACCCCUUUGCGGAUCCUGUUGUAACCAAAUGCAAGCACUACUUCUGCGAGCAUUGUGCAUUGAAGCACCAUGCAAAGAAUAAGAAGUGUUUUGUCUGCAACCAGCCAACACUUGGCAUUUUUAAUGUUGCUCACGAGAUACGCAGGAAGAUGGCCGAGGAUAAAUAAAUAUUAGUGAUUAGCCUUAGAUGAAAUUUGUGUAAAGGGUACUCUUAUUUCUUUAAUUUUAAAGCCAUUAUUAGAUUUAGAAUCUGCUUUGAAAUGGGACGACUUUGGAAUUCUUUUUGCAGUCCCAUAAUUUUCAUGUAAACUUUAUGGAGUGGUUAAAUGACACCAAUACACUUAAUAUAAUAUAUAUUUAGCUUAAUUAAGUUUAAUAAAUUUUUAAAUUUUCAAUUGAA